UUCAUGUUGACCAAUUUUUGCAGAACAAAGUGAGCUUUGUAUUGCGUAUUGUUGCGAAAUUCGUUUGUGAUUGAUAAUUUACUGUAAUAAGUGUUAAGGGUCUUAAAAAAUUUGGAUGCCAUGAAUCGAGCAAGGCGUGCCGUUACCCUGAACCGUAAACCGCUUGUCGAAGAAAAGGUCAGUGAUGACAGUGCGGAUGAUUUUGAGAGUGCUUCCGAUGAGGGGGAUUUUUCGGCCAGUGAGGAAGAAUGGCUGCCCGGAAAGGAUGAGGAAAAUGAUAAAGAGGGCCGAAACACGACAGCAGGGUCCAUUUCCGAAGAUGAUGACGACAACCACGAGGACGAAGACGAUGAUGAGGAUUCUGGCGAGAUGAGCGAUGGUAGCAGUGUUAUGGCCAUGUCCAAAACGAGAGCGAAAAAACGCUCGCAUAAAUCGUCACCCAAACAGAACCCGAUCAAAAAGAAACGAAUGUCACCGGCAACCCGGGACGAACUUUAUCGUCGGACCAAGAAGCAUCUAUUGAAAGAAUCACAACCGGACCGGCCAUCGCUGAAUGCAAGUGUGGCAGAUAUUCUGAGUCAAUGCGAGUUUAAACCUAAACGGAAUGUCGGCCAGAAUGCACAGAAACCUAGCAACUCUAGCGCAGAUCGUAAAGGAAACAAAGAUAAUUCGGAUAGUGAUAGCGGAGAUGACUAUUUGGUGAAUCCUGAAAAGCUGGACUUGAAUUCGGAUUUUUUCAAAGGGGAGGUGUCCGUUGAGCGGACUGCCAAAGAAAGACCUCCCCAAUUCGAUUGUAAUGCUGGAAUGCGUUUAUCGGAUAGCUCUGACAACGAAAAUGAGGAAGACGUGCUCCCUGCUUCCAUUCCUAAACUGGCAGCUCAAAAGUUGAUCAGUACUAUCAAUAAGUCUUCGGCUGGAUUUAUGAAUUUUAAUAACCUCGAGGAGUUUGAUAAAAAGAUAGCGGAAGCUAAGUUACUUUUAAAGAAUUACAAAUCCAAGGAAGUCGAAGAAGAUUCUGAAUUUGAUAAAAGCAAAGAUAUUUCAAAUUUGUUAGCUCUUGGAGAACCGGAAGCUGGUGCUGGACACCUUGAAACUUCGAAUGUGAAAGAUAAUGAAGGCUCUAACAGUGAAGAGUCAGAUUGGGAGGAAGUAGCAGAUGUUAAAAAAUCUGAUGGAAGCUCUCAACCAAAUCCGACGGUCACUGUCGAACUUGAAACUACAAAAUCCAAGAAAAAACGCUGGGAAGAAAUCGAAAUGGAGCUGUUCAUUAAAAGACAGGUCAACAAAAUAAAACGAGAAAAUCAAUUAGCUUACCACAAAAGUAGCAUCCUGUUAACAAUUGGAAUUGGUCAGAAAUUAAACUAUACCGUUAAUUCGAAUAAAAUACAAGCCAUGACCCUAUCUUUGAUGCAGGCCAAGGAUUGUAUUCCAAAAUCAAAAGUGGAUAGAAAAUUUAUUGAACAAUUGAUUAAAUGGUUCAAAGCCUGUUUCACAUUACAAAGCCAGGAAGUAGUUGUUUCACAAAAUGGACCUCUAAGAUUCAAUUUAGCCCUGGAGCUUUUCACUAAAAAAGCAACAUGUAAACGAAAUUAUAUGCUUCUCUUUCUAUCGUGCUUGAGAAUGGCCGGGGUACAAGCUCGUUUGAUCAUUUCAGCUAAUGUUCCACCGAAGCGCCCGGCUAUGAAGGAUCUUUGCCCGAUUUCCGAGCGUCAACUAAUUGAACAAUUUGAAAAGGAGUACAAAAAGAAGAAUUUUAAUAAUAAUGAAGAAAGCGAUACGGAGUCACCCGGCAGUGUUGAGAAGAAAAAAGAAAUUAAAUCUGAAAAUGAUAAUAUACCAGUUAUCAGUAUUACUGCUCUCAAAACCGAAACCGUUGAAGCAGUACCAGAAGCUAAUAACUGUUCAGAAACAGCUGAAAAAUCUGAUCAGAAGAUGCCCGUUACAAAUUCGAAAAAAGGUAAAAAAAUUAAGGAUAUCAGCGCUGAUCAACAGAACGAGAAAAAACGCUUGCGUACUCGUUCACAAAAUGGAUCGAAUAAAACGCAUGAUGAAGCUUCAACCCCAGCAAAAUUGGACAAGAACAGCAAAUCGGUUGCACUAAACGAUUAUAGUCCUUCAGUCAAAGAAAACAUUAAACCUGCAAGGCGAUCUCCUAGAAACGCCAAAAAAUCGGUUCAAUCCAAUGACGCUAAUCAUUCGAAUACUCUAUCCAUUCCCCAGGUUGAUGGUGCAAACGAUAUACCCGAAGAAGACGUACCAAAGCGACGCAGUGUCCGCCUCGGCAAAGUGCCGAAAGAUGAAAACGUAUCAAAGACAGCGUUUUCCAAGCGAAAAACAAACACACCGAAGGCGGAAGAAACCAAAAAUCAACCGGGUAAAGUUCUGAAGCGAAAACUCUUUCAGACUAACCAAACUGUUCAGGAAUUUCCUUCAAUGGAUGUUGAAAAAGAUAAUGUAAAUGUUGGAAAAAGAGCUUCCAAAAAUAAAAUCUUGUCGAGUGACUCGGAGCAGGAACAGGAACAACCGUCGGCCAAAACCACAUCGACGCACAGUUCGCCCGCCAUAAGCAAGGCAAAAGUUAAUCGCCGUUCUAAGGUCAAGCAGGACUCCGAUGCGGACGAUAGUGAUUUUGAACCACCGAAGGGGAAAAAAUCACGGAAGGCGGCCAAGUCUGCAUCACCAGCGUCCCAGAAGAAAGCGAAAACUUUCUCGUCAUCGUCGAAGAAAACAACAACUGGGACCAAAUCGGAGAAGAAGGCGACAGCAAACGCCGUUAAGAGUGAAUCUCCGAAAAACGCUUCCACAACGCAAGGGAAGAACAAUUUUUGGAUCGAGUUCUACUCGGAAAAAGACAACCGUUGGAUGACGGUGGACCUUUUCGGGGGGAAAAUUGAUUGCGUUGACUAUUUGUCGCGGCACGCCACCAGUCCUAUCAGCUACGUUUUUGGGUUCGACAACGAUGACCAUAUCAAGGACGUGACACCACGCUACGUCCAGCACUGGAACACAGUUUGUCGAAUGCUACGAACGGAUUCCAAAUGGCUGGACAAGACAUUGGCUCCAUUCCGUGGUCCCAAAACGGAGCAUGAGAAUGCCGAAGAUCAGGAACUCAACAAAAUUGACAUCGAUAAGCCGUUGCCGACUACUAUUGCGGAAUGCAAAAAUCAUCCCCUUUACGUAUUGAAACGUCAUUUGCUGAAAUUUGAAGCACUCUACCCGGUGGAGGUUCCAAGUUUGGGCUUUGUGCGCGGUGAAGCCAUCUAUGCCCGUGAAUGCGUCUUUACACUUCAAACCAGGGAAAAAUGGUACAAGCAAGGUCGCGUGGUGAAGCCAUUUGAGACGGCCUAUAAGGUUGUGAAAUGUUGGAGGUACGACAAACUUAAAAACGAAUGGCUCGGAAAUCAACCUUGCGACAUUUUCGGUAUCUGGCAAACGGAAGAAUACGAUCCACCAACAGCAGAAAACGGAAUUGUUCCUAGAAACGAGUAUGGAAACGUGGAGCUUUUUACCCCGAAAAUGCUCCCUAAGAAAACCGUUCAUUUACAACUUCCGGGACUUAACAGAGUCUGCAAAAGGCUUGGCAUCGAUUGUGCUCCGGCUCUCAUCGGUUUCGACAAGGCUCGCAUGCGGAUGAUUCCCGUUUACGAUGGCUUUGUGGUGUGCGAAGAAUAUGCCGACAUGCUGACCGAGGAGUGGUACAAGGAAAUGGAAGAGGAAGAUCGCAAAGAGCAGGAACGCUACGAAAAGCGGGUUUAUGAUAACUGGAAGAAACUCAUCAAGGGCGUGCUGGUGCGCCGAAAGCUACAAAACAAGUACAAUUUCGAUAAUCUUUAAGUAUUUUUCUCAAUUUUCUAUUACAGUGUUGUUAUAUUUGUGUAUUAUUUUUAACCUGAAGCGUUCAAA